AUGGACAUUGAGCGUAAUGCACUUGAAUCGCCUCUGCUCCGUCUACCUCGCGAAUUGCGCGAUCUCAUCUGGACCCUUACUUUUACGGGAACUGUAAAACCCGUUUACAGUGGGGCUUCCUGGUCCUCUCCAUUCAGCGUCCUUGUGGCAUGUCGACAAAUCUACACCGAAGCUAUCAGUCUUGCGGGUCCAUUCCUUACCUGGUCUCUCAGCUGCAUUCCAGACUACGAAAUCUUCUUUUGGAACAUAUUCGAUGUUGAAGGAGCAAAGUACAAGAAUCGCUUCAUACACUCCAUACAGCUUGGCGUCGAUCCUUCGGAUUCAUACAUGCUAGCCGAGAUAAUAGAUCCGGGGACUGACGAUGAUCGACAUGAGGAAACGGGUGAAUAUCGUCGUCCUACAUUCCGUGCUUUCGAGAAUCUAACGCAUGUGGAACUACUAUUGUCCGCUACGGGGGUCUUUAGUGAUUCUGAGAACGAAGACGACGAGGAGGCGGAGGAGGUUGAAUCAACCCGUUAUGAGAAUGAUGACAUCGAGGAAGCCAGAGACAACUUCACCAAAACAAUGGAACGGAUGCUUCCUCGUGUGCGUGUAACGUACAAGGACUUCGAUGACAGCGCGGCAAUGAAAAGGUUCUGGACGACACAAGAUCCCAAGGAGCUGAGUAUACGGGUGUUCUCUGGUCGGCGAGAACGACAAAAGGCUCUGGAACCUUGA